CGCGCGCUCUCCCUCCAGCCAUGGUGCCUGCUGGCGCGCGCCCUGCCCCCACGCGUCCUGCUCUGUUUUUAGGGGACUGGCAGGCUUCGCCUCGGUCCUCCUGGCUGGCGUGCCUCCUCCCCCAGAGCUCUUGGCUUCGCUGUCGCUCCCAGAACGCGCGGAAGCUCGCUGUUGCUUUAAAGAAAGCAGACUCCUGGCUGUGACGCACUUCUGGCUGUCAGCCAGGAAGAUUGCUUCUGCCUGGCCGACUGAGAAGAAACCCAACAACUUUUCUUUUGUGUGUGGGGUUACUUUCCACUGCUCCCUCCCUUACUCCUUUCAAGAUUUAAAUGUUAAUGGCGGAUUAAAACCUGUAGAUAACGUUUGGCUUUAGGAGUCCGGUGCAUUGGAGUGACCAACUGGGAUCACCAAGAUGACACUCCAUGCCACCCGAGCAGCUACACUCCUCGCUUGGGUGAACAGUCUGCAUGUGGCUGACCCAGUGGAGACAGUGCUGCAGCUCCAGGACUGCAGCAUCUUCAUCAAGAUUAUUAACACCAUCCACAACACUGAAGAGGGGCAACAAAUUCUUCAGCAGCCUAUGCCAGAAAGACUAGACUUUGUUUGCAGUUUCCUACAGAAAAAUUGGAAACAUCCCUUGUCUACACAAUGCCUGGUGUCUGUGCAGAAAGUGAUGGAGGGGUCUGAGAUGGAAUUGGCCAAGAUGGUAAUGCUGUUUUUAUAUCACUCCACCGUGAGCUCCAGAAACCCCCGGGACUGGGAACAGUUUGAAUAUAGAAUUCAGGCUGAGUUAGCUGUCAUCCUGAAGUUUAUGCUGGAUCAUGAGGAUUCAUUAAACCUUACUGAGGACCUAGAGAAUUUCUUGGAGAAAGUUCCUUACACCUAUUCCAGUGCUGUCUCUGAAGAGCUUUCUCCACCCGGCCACCAGGCCAAGAGGAAGAUUCGCUUCCUAGAAAUACAGAGGAUUGCUUCAUCUUCCAGUGAGAACAACUUCCUGGCAGGUUCUCCAUCCUCCCCUAUGGGUGACAUCCUGCAGACCCCACAGUUCCAGAUGAGACGGCUGAAGAAACAGCUGGCGGAUGAGAGGAACAACAGGGACGAGCUGGAGCUGGAGCUAUCAGAGAGCCUCAAGCUCCUCACUGAGAAGGAUGCACAGAUAGCCAUGAUGCAGCAGCGCAUUGACCACCUGGCUUUGCUGAGCGAGAAGCAGGCAGCCAGCUCUCAAGAAUCCGGAGAGGUUGAGGAGCUCCGUGGCAAGAAUGAGAGCCUUACCAUGCGGCUGCAUGAAACUUUGAAGCGGUGUCAGAACCUGAAGACAGAGAAGAACCAGAUGGAUCGAAAGAUUAGCCAACUUUCUGAGGAGAAUGGGGAUCUUUCCUUUAAGGUGCGAGAGUUUUCGAGCCACUUGCAACAGCUGCAGGGGGCCUUCAACGACCUGAUGGAGGAGCACAACAAGGCUUCUCAGGAGUGGGCGGAGAAGCAGGCGCAUCUGGAAAAGGAGCUCAGCACAGCCCUCCAGGAUAAGAAAUGUCUUGAAGAGAAGAAUGAAAUCCUUCAGGGAAAGCUUUCCCAGCUGGAAGAAAGAGCAACUCAACUGUGGGAGAGCCCAGCCAAGGAGAAGGGUGAGGUGCUGGGUGAUGCCUUGCAGCUGGAAACCUUGAAGCAAGAGGCAGCCAAACUUGCUGCAGACAACACCCAGCUCCAAGCCCGAGUAGAGACACUGGUGAGUGAGCGGGGCCACUUUGAGGAAGAAAAGCAGCAGCUGGCCUCCUUGGUCGCUGACCUGCAGAGCUCCAUUUCCAACCUCACCCAAGCCAAGGAGGAGCUGGAGCAGGCCUCCCAGGUUCAGGGGGCUCAGCUGACUGCCCAGGUGGCCUCUCUGACAUCACUUAAUACCACCCUGCAGCAGCAGAAGGAUCAAGAACUGGCCAGCCUGAAAGAACAGGCCAAAAAGGAACAGGCUCAGAUGGUCCAGACCUUGCAAGAACAAGAACAGGCCGCCCAGGGCCUCCGGCAGCAGGUGGAGCAGCUGAGCAGCAGCCUGAGGCUGAAGGAGCAGCAAUUGGAAGAGGCAGCCAAGGAGCAGGAGGCAGCCAGGCAGGAUCUCGCCCAGCAACUGGCCACUGCUGCGGAGGCUCGAGAGGCCUCUCUUAGGGAACGGGAUACUGCUCGCCAGCAGCUGGAAACAUUGGAGAAGGAGAAGGCUGCCAAGCUAGAGAGUCUGCAGCAGCAACUUCAGGCUGCCAAUGAAGCUAGGGAUAGUGCACAGUCCUCGGUCACACAGGUCCAGCGGGAAAAGGCAGAGCUGAGCCAAAAGGUAGGAGAACUCCAUGCCAGCAUUGAAGCGGCCCACCAGGAACAACGUCAGGCCCAAGCUCAUGUGACAGAGCUAGAGGCCCAGCUGAAGGCUGAGCAGCAAAAAACAACUGAGAGAGAGAAAGUGAUCCAGGAGAAGGUCCAGCUCCAGGAGCAACUCCAGGCCCUUGAGGAGACUUUGAAGAUUACCAAAGGCAGCCUUGAAGAGGAGAAGCGCAGGGCUGCAGAUCUCCUGCAGGAGCAGCAGCGCCGAGUUGCUAAGAUGGAGACAGAGUCCCGAAGCCUGAUGGAGCAGCAUGAGCGGGAACAGAAGGAGUUAGAACAAGAGAAGGCUGGGCGAAAGGGGCUGGAGGCCCGGUUACAGCAGCUUGAGGAGACUCAUCAGGCUGAGACUGAAGCCUUGCGCUGUGAGCUGGCAGAGGCCACAGCCUCCCAGCAUAGAGCCCAGAGUGAGACUGAGCAGCUCGUCAGGGAGGUUGAGACCUGGCAGAAGCGGUUUGAAGCUCAACAGCAAGAGGAGGCUAGAUACAGUGCCCUGUUCCAGGAACAACUGAUGGCUUUGAAGGGGGCGUGUGAGAAGGCUGGCCAAGAGGUGCAGGAGGAGGCAGGAGAGGGCCACAGUGAGGGCCAGAGUCAGCUCGCCCAGCUUCAUGCCAGCUUUGCCAGGGCCCUUCAGCAGAUUCAGGAGAAAGAAGCCAGGGCUCAGAAGCUGGCAGGUGAUCUCUCAACUCUACAGGAGAAGAUGGCUGCCACUAACAAGGAGGUGGCCUGCCUGAAGACCUUGGUGCUCAAAGCAGGUGAGCAGCAGGAGACGGCCUCACUUGAGUUACUCAAAGAGCCCCCAGGGGCUGGAAACAGAGAGUCUGACAGGCAAGACGAACAGCGGGGACGGCCGUUCUCCAGUACACAAGCAGCGCUGAGGGCUGUGGAACGUGAAGCUGAGCAAAUGGGCAAUGAACUUGGGGGGCUGAGGGCAGCACUGAUGAAGAGCCAGGGGCAGCAGCAAGAAGAGCGUGGGCAGCAGGAGAGGGAGGUGGCACGGCUGAGCCAGGAGCGGGGCCAGGCCCAAGCCGACCUAGCUCAGGAGAAGGCAGCCAAGGCAGAGCUUGAGAUGCGGCUGCAGAAUACCCUCAACGAGCAGCGUGCAGAGUUUGCUGCCCUGCAAGAGGCGCUGGCCCACGCCCUGAGGGAACAGGAAGGCAAAGACCAGGAGCUUGCCAAGCUUCGUGAGCAAGAGGCAACUCAAAGAACAGAGCUGAAGGAGCUUCAGCAGACUUUGGAACAGCUGAGAACACAGUUAGUCAAGAAAGAAAAAGAGCACCCUGUAGGAGGUACUGGUGGGGAAGGUACUUCUGGCCCAGGAACCCAGUUGGAGACAGCUAGAAAGACAGAGGCACCAGGCCCUGAGUUGGAGGCCCUUCAGGCAGAGGUCAGCAAGCUAGAGCAGCGGUGCCAGCAGCAGCAGCAGCAGGUCGAAGGCCUGACACACAGCCUGGAGUCGGAGCGUGCUUCCCGGGCUGAGCGGGACAAAGUCCUGGAGACACUGCAGGGUCAGUUAGAGGAGCAGGCUCGGGAGCUAGGGCACAGUCAAGCUGCCUCAGCUUCAGCCCAGAGAGAGUUAACAGCCCUCCGUGCCAAAGCCCAGGACCAUAGCAAAGCUGAGGAAGAGUGGAAGGCCCAGGUGGCCCGUGGCCAGCAGGAGGCUGAGAGAAAAAGCAGCCUUAUCAGCAGCUUGGAAGAGGAGGUAUCCAUCCUGAACCGCCAAGUCCUAGAGAAGGAGGGGGAGAGCAAGGAGUUGAAGCGCCUGGUUGUAGCUGAAUCAGAGAAGAGCCAAAAGCUGGAAGAGAGGCUGCGCCUGCUGCAGGUAGAAACAGCCAGCAGUAGUGCCAGAGCAGCAGAACGCAGCUCAGCUCUACGAGAGGAGGUACAGAGCCUCCGGGAGGAGGUAGAGAAACAGCGUGUGAUUUCGGAGAACUUGCGACAAGAGCUGGCCUCACAGGCAGAGCGAGCUGAGGAACUGGGCCAGGAGUUGAAGGCCUGGCAGGAGAAAUUCUUCCAAAAGGAGCAAGCGCUCUCUGCCCUGCAGCUGGAGCAUACCAGCACACAGGCCCUGGUAAGCGAGCUGCUGCCUGCCAAGCACCUUUGUCAGCAGCUGCAAGCUGAGCAGGCCGCCGCUGAGAAGCGCCACCAAGAGGAGAUAGAGCAGAGCAAGCAGGCAGCUGGUGGCCUUCGGGCAGAGCUGCUGCGGGCACAGCGGGAGCUUGGGGAGCUAGGGCCUCUGAGGCAGAAAGUGGUUGAGCAGGAGCGAGCAGCCCAGCAGCUUCGGGCAGAGAAGGCCAGCUAUGCAGAACAACUGAGCAUGCUGAAGAAGGCUCAUGGCCUCUUGGCAGAGGAGAACCGGGGGCUGGGAGAGCGGGCCAACCUUGGCCGGCAGUUUCUGGAAGUAGAGCUAGGUCAGGCCCGGGAGAAGUAUGUCCAGGAGUUGGCAGCUGUGCGUACUGAUGCUGAGACCCAUCUGGCUGAAAUGCGGCAAGAAGCACAGAGUACUACCCGGGAACUGGAGGUGAUGACUGCCAAGUACGAAGGUGCCAAGGUGAAGGUCCUAGAGGAAAGGCAGAGGUUCCAAGAAGAGCGGCAGAAACUCACUGCCCAGGUGGAGCAGCUAGAGGUAUUUCAGAGAGAGCAGACUAAGCAGGUGGAAGAACUGAGUAAGAAGUUGACAGAGUAUGAUCAAGCCAGCAAGGUGCAGCAGCAGAAGCUCAAGGCUUUCCAGGCUCAGGGAGGUGAGAGCCAGCAGGAGGUCCAGCGCCUCCAGGCCCAGCUGAAUGAGCUGCAGACCCAGCUGAGCCAGAAGGAACAGGCAGCUGAGCAUUACAAGCUACAGAUGGAGAAAGCCAAGACCCAUUAUGAUGCCAAGAAGCAGCAGAACCAAGAGCUGCAGGAGCAGCUUCGAGACCUGGAGCAGCUGCAGAAGGAGAACAAGGAGCUUCGGGCUGAAGGUGAACGUCUGGGCCGUGAGCUGCAGCAGGCAGGGCUGAAGACCAAGGAGGCUGAACAGGCCUGCCGCCACCUUAGUGCUCAGGUGCGCAGCCUGGAGGCACAGGUUGCCCAUGCAGACCAGCAGCUUCGAGACUUGGGCAAAUCCCAGGUGGCAACUGAUGCCUUAAAGAGCCGUGAGCCUCAGAAACCGCAGCUGGACUUAAGUAUUGAUAGCCUGGAUCUGAGCCUGGAGGAAGGAACCCCAUGCAGUGUUGCUAGCAAGCUGCCUCGUACCCAGCCAGAUGGCACCAGUGUCCCUGGAGAGCCAGCUUCACCCAUCUCCCAGCGCCUGCCCCCCAAAGUGGAAUCCCUGGAGAGUCUCUACUUCACCCCCAUUCCUGCUCGGGGUCAGGCCCCCUUGGAGAGCAGCCUGGACUCCCUGGGUGAUGCCUUCCCUGACUCUGGCCGUAAGACACGCUCUGCUCGCCGGCGUACCACACAAAUCAUCAACAUUACCAUGACCAAGAAACUAGAUGUGGAAGAGCCAGACAGUGCCAACUCAUCCUUCUAUAGCACACAGUCUGCCCCUGCUUCCCGGGCCAGCUUGCGAGCCACCUCCUCCACCCAGUCUCUGGCCCGCUUGGGCUCUCCUGAUGAUGGCAAUUCCGCUCUGCUUAGCCUGCCUGGCUACCGGCCUACUACUCGAAGCUCUGCUCGUCGUUCCCAGGCCAGGAUGUCCAGUGGGGCCCCUCAAGGAAGGAACAGCUUCUAUAUGGGUACUUGCCAGGACGAGCCUGAGCAGCUGGAUGAUUGGAACCGCAUCGCAGAGUUGCAGCAGCGGAACCGAGUAUGCCCCCCGCACCUGAAGACCUGCUAUCCUCUGGAGUCCAGGCCUUCCCUGAACCUGGCCACCAUCACUGAUGAGGAGAUGAAAACAGGGGACCCCCAGGAAACCUUACGCCGAGCCAGCAUGCAGCCAGCCCAGAUCGCCGAGGGUGUUGGCAUCACUACCCGGCAGCAGCGCAAACGGGUCUCCACAGAGACCCACCAGGGUCCUGGCACUCCUGAGUCCAAGAAAGCUACCAGCUGCUUCCCACGCCCUAUGACUCCCAGGGACCGGCAUGAAGGACGCAAGCAGAGCAGCACUGCUGAGGCCCAGAAGAAAGCAGCUCCAGUUCUUAAACAGGUGGACCGGCGCCAGUCAAUGGCCUUCAGCAUCCUUAACACACCCAAGAAGCUGGGGAAUAGUCUUCUGCGGCGAGCAGCUUCAAAGAAGACCCCAGCAAAAGUUUCCCCCAACACUCGCAGUGGAACCCGCCGCUCUCCACGCAUUGCCACCACCACAGCUGGCGCUGCUACUGCUACUCCUCGGGCCAAGGGCAAGGCAAAGCACUAAAGAGUCACCACCAGUGCGUGGCCCUGCCUGUGUCCUCAGCCUGGCCCUUUUCCUUCUACUGCCCCUCAGUGCCUUCUCUCAGCUCCCAGGCCAGUGGUGGCCAUCCCCUCAGAGACAGUGGUAUUUGCCUGCACCCUUGCCUGGUACCUGGACCUUCACUGGUGCCUUUUAGGCAUCUUUUCAGAGCUGGCCCAGGAGGCUUGGAGCUUGUACAGUGUGGGGUAUUCUCCCUAUCUUGCCUCCUGAAUUCCUCCCCCCCCCCCCUUUUGGAGAAAAGUCUACUUCUCCAUCAUAACUAGAUUUGAGGCUGGAUUCUUGAGCCCAGACAGUCUUCCUUAGUCUCUGGACCUAGAAGGGACCAUUGGAGAAGCAGGCUAUGCUUCGUGCUCUUUCUGGUAGCUGGGCCUAGCAGAGCCCUUUGCUCUUGAAGCCCAGGACUGGGCAUGACCUGGUAGGAGCCUCUGCUCUUACCUCUGUCAUCUACACACAAGGACACAGAUGCCUGGAGGAUGCUCUUUUCCAGGACAGAUGGGUCCUGGGUCUCAGGGGUGGGAUAGGCGGCAGCUCACACUUGACCUUCCCCAGACUUGCACUGGGGUGGGCUAUGGAACUAUGGGAAGGUUUUUAAGGGCCAGGGAUGGAUCUUUUCUAAAUGUUAUUACUUGUAAAUAAAGUCUAUUUUUCUCCCUUGA